CAUGUACAAACUGUCAUCGUUAAACAGAAAAUGUAAACAACAUCAAGCACCAAUCCGGUAUUCGGUACAACAGUUAUGUAAAAUAUUUUCAAAAUUCUCGUAAUUUCAAUCGAAUUUGCCAUAAAAGUUUAAUUGUUGAAACUAUAAUGGCAUUACGUAGCGUUAGAUAUGCUUCAUCUUUUUUCCGCAACAAUGUGGACGCAAUCAAGCAGAAACGAACCGACCUAAAAACUCGGCUCGAUGCGAUUCAAUUUCCGGAGAAAUACAAAGGAACUAUCUGGGAGAAAUGGGCCACCUAUUGGAAGAACUUGGUACGAGACUACAAAGAAAUGGCAAUCGAUACAGGUAAAACGAUGCGCGAGCGACCGGUUCGCAGUGGAAUCUAUCUGACAUUGCUAGGUGGCACUUACUACUGCUGCGCCACCAAUCCGGACGAGGCCGACUUCGUGGACCGAUUUCGGCAGUGUACCAACGAGCUGCAGCUGGUGCAUCCCAGCUGCCAAAACCCGACCGCAGCUCAGCACAUCCAGUUUCUGCAGCGGUGCUACAAUGAAGGGAUCAUCCGGAGGAUAUCCCUCGGAGUGGUUUCCUUCAUCUGGUUGGACAAUUUUGACCGAGGGGUCGCCAUCUAUAAAGCCAUAUGUCCGUACUUGCAGCCCCGGUAUAUGACAUUCCACGAGCGGAUAGUGGAUGUGGGUUUCAACAACGAGUGGUGGAUGAUGCAGAAGAAAAUGGUCGAUUACGAUAUUAACGAGGAAAAUCUGUAGAAAAAAAUGCAGUAAGGUAACUAUUA